AUGGAGACUAAUGGGAUUAUUGUACCUGCGGAAAUAGAAACUGGACCUAUUCAAGCUAUCCCUCCGUCAGAAGAAAAUGUCUCUACUUCAAUUUUCUAUCCUCAAGUAAGGAAUGAGCUUAAACCCUUCAAGGGUCAGCAAUUUAAAACAUGGGAAGAGGCACAUGUUUUUUAUACCAAAUACGCAUCUGCAGCUGGGUUUGUUGUACGAAUUGGUUCCAGUAAAAGGAGCAGAGCAACUAAUGAGUUUAUAAGGAAAGAGUUUUUUUGCAAUAGACAAGGAAAUAGUCCGAUUGAAUUGACUGGUGAUGAGAAAAGGAUUCGUGGUGUAGUAAGGGAGAACUGUAAGGCGAGAAUGAUAGUUGUGAGAGAUAAGUCUGGUGGAUUUGUAGUCAAUAUAUUUGAUGAAGCUCACACUCAUCCUAUGACAAGUCCAAAAAGACUCCACUUGCUGAAGUCCAAUCGUCGACUUACUAAAGCUCAGAGAUCAUUAUGGGAACAACUAUCCAUGGUAAACAUACCCACACACCAGCAAUUUGACAUUCUUGGAGUGCAAGUAGGAGGAUUUCAGUACAUUGGUUGUACACAACAAGAUUUGUACAAUCUUGAAAGGGAUAAGCGUAAAGAGACAAAAGGGCAUGAUGGAGAAAUGUUGCAUGACUACUUUCUGCUAGAGCAAGAAAAAAAUUCCGGGUUCUUUUUCACAAUAAAAGCAGAUGUUGAAAAUAGGAUUACUCAUUGUUUUUGGGCUGAUGCAAUUUCGAGACAGUUGUAUAGGUUUUAUGUUGAUGUGAUUAUCUUUGACACAACAUACCAAACCAAUCGGUAUAGUUUGACUUUUGCACCAUUGAUGGGGAUAAAUAACCAUGGUCAGACAAUUGUGUUUGGAGCUGCAUUCUUAAGUGACGAGACUACAGCUUCGUUUGUGUGGUUGUUUAAAGAAUUUUUGAAUGCUAUGUCAGGGGGUCCUCCUAAAAUGAUAAUUACUGAUCAAGAUCCAGCCAUGGAAAAAGCUAUUUCAGAAGUCCUUCCACACACAUUUCACAGAUAUUGUAGCUGGCAUAUCUUGAGAAAGUUUUCUGAGAAGCUUGAUGCAAUCAAAUUCAGAGAUCACUAUGAUGAAUUCAGAAAUUGCAUUUACUCAUCUGAGAAUGCAGAGGAGUUUGACUUCAAAUGGAAAUCAAUUCUUGAAAAAAGUGAAUUAAAUGGACAUAAGUGGCUGCAAUCAAUUUAUGAAAUUCGGUUUAGAUGGGUGCUGGCUUAUAUGAACCACAUUUUCUCAUCUGGCAUGUCAAGUUGUCAACGAGCAGAAAGUGCGCAUUCCUUUUUUAAGGAUUAUGUUUCUCAUAAAAAUUCUCUAGUGGACUUCAUGGUUCAGUUUAGUCGGGGUCUUUUACACAAACGGCAUGAGGAGUUGAUUUUAGAUCAUAUUGACAACAAUGAAGCCAAGAUAUAA